AUGCCAAUGAAGCUGCCCAAGAGCUUUCAACGACGCAAGUCUUCCGGAAACAUUCUGGAGGACGUGGAGACACGCCCGCAGUCCUCUUUCAAGGUUUUCGAACGUCCGGGGCCUCACAGAUCGAUGACGGACGGUGCUCCGCUCACUAAACGCAUGAGCGAGGGUAAUGUAGUCCCGUCCAUGUUGGAAGAUGACAAUAUCUUCGCGGGUACCGAGCAACCCCUGGACAAGAAUCGGUAUGAUGAACACCCUCACGCUCGACCUUUGGACUCCCUGAGAAUGCGUCUGACCCGAAAACGGCACAGUGGUGCAACGUACGAGAGUUCGACGUCAACUCGUCUGAGCUCUUCGUCCACCCUCCCUUCCUCCACAGAAAUCCCAUCCGAAGACACCGCAUCCCCGCAUUCACGGAUCCACGAUAUCCCCGUCCCACCUCCACUUUCUGGGGCCCUCCGCGCCGCUGCUGGUAGAACAUUCUCCUUUGGUGGUCGAUUUAGUAAGAACUCGAAUUCAGGGCCCCCCGCUCCUCCCCGGCAUGCAACGCCGCCGGAGGAGACGAGGCAGCGAACAGUGUCAGGAAGUACCAAUGACACAGCGACUCCGCCAAAACUUCCAGAUUCGCACUGGGAUCUAGGGGCAGGGUCGGACGAUUUUGGAAAGAUGUUCGACCAUUUAGGAAAAAGGGAUAGCGCCAUGUUGCGCGACCCUUCCCCUCAACCUCAACGGUCUAAUCAGUACUCCUCUUCUCCACCUACACAAGCCCUUCCAGAGUUUCAAGCCAGCAGAAAUGCACGACCCCCGCCUAUUAGUACAGACCGCUCAGUUCCCGUCGAACCCUCCCCUUACUCAUGGGACAGUCGUCAUACAAGGCAUUAUUCCCAGGAAGGCCUUCUUAAUGAUCAUGAUGCCGGUAGAGGAAGGGAUACCGGUUCACCAGCUCAAUCCUCCGCCGAUACCGUCACUGGAUUUCGCAGGCCGUCACCCGGUCCCAACCAAACCCUCGGUGCUACCACUUCCCAUCGUGCCCUCGAACGCCCCAACAGAAGACAAUCCAAUUUCUCGAAUUUGCGCCGGAGUGGAGUAUACUCGUACGGAGGGGACGCUAGCCCGAUUGAAGACGAGGACGCCAACCUUGUCAGAAAAUCUCUGCUUUGGACCGACGGUGGUCCUUCACCCAACGCAACGCCUUAUUUUGACAAGGGCAAGGCAGCGAGUCCUAUCUACGCAGAGCCAGAGCCAGAAUCGAUGUUCUCAGGUCGCGAGUCCCCCGAUCCGGCCAUUGCGGACCAUGGCCGUUUGGCUGUGCAGUUCGCUGAAAGCGUGCCCAAGAGGAGUUCCCCGGGAAAUAAGGUCAUGACCCCAUCCCAAUUCGAACAUUACCGCCAACAGCAAGAACUGCGUCGUUCUAAUAGCAAUGCAACGAAGAGUGAUGAUGAAUCUGUCAAUGAUGAAUUCGAUGACGAGGAAGAUGAGGCCGAGAAGCAACGCGAGACGGAGCGACAACGCAGGAAGCAGGAGGCCCAUCUCUCUGUAUACCGCCAACAGAUGAUGAAGGUGACAGGUCAGAAAAGCCCUUCACCGUCACUUCGCCCCGAGAUGAGCGGUGCAAGCAGCAGCACCCCCAAUCUCAAUUCAAACCGCCUUUCCCAUCUGGGUGACAAAUCCUCCAGUGGCAAAAGCGCCGAGGAAGACGACGACGAAGUUCCACUCGGUAUCCUGGCGGCCCACGGGUUCCCUAAUCGCAACAGACCACCUACUCGUCUGAACAAUGCCAGCUCUAACCCGAACCUUCGCGCGUCGUUGCAGCCGUCUUAUGCGUCGUCUGCUCACUCCAUCCACGGUGCCGAGCCUUAUAAUAGAAGCAACUUGCCUGCGUUCGCACGCAACCUGCCGCCAGAGCCCUAUGUCGGCGCUGGUCUCACCAAUGAGGAGCGGGCUCGGGCCGCGAGGAGAGGCAGCCCGAACACCCAGGCAAUGUUCGAUCCGAUGGGAGGAAUGGGAGGAAUGGGGGCGAUUGGAGGUGGUAUCCCUCGACCUUACUCGAUGAUGCCUCAGCAGCAGGGCCAGAUCACCCCAUCGGAGCAGGCUCAAUUGAACCUCUCAAACCAGAUGUCGCAGAUGGUGCAGAUGCAGAUGGACUUCAUGCGGAAUAUGAUGGCCAUGCAAGGCGGCCAAGGCACCCCACCACCAAUGAUGCCGGGCAUGCAAAUGCCUCCUGGUAUGGGCAUGCCAGGUAUGCCUAUGCCAAUGCCAGGCAUGCCAACCGGACCUCCGUCCAUCAGCGGAGGUCGACCCGUCUCCAUGCCAAAUGCAGCCGCCGCCCAGCCGAACUUCGACCAGCGAACUCUCGGCCUGCUCGACCCCAACAACAUCGCCAAUCGCCGCGGCUCUCCCAUGCCCACCAUGUCGGGAUACCCAUUCCCCAACAAUAAUCCCGGCUACGCCGCAUCCAUCGCACCAUCGGAGCGCAGCAACGCAGGCCUCGCAUCCCGCUACCGCCCAGUCUCGAUGAUUAAUAAUGAGAACGAACGCCCCGGGACAUCACCGAAUCUGAAGCCCUGGAAUGACGAAAAUCAUCUCUCACCCAUGUCCGCGUCACGCCCCCACUCCGGCCUCGCUAAGUCCACAACCAUGGCGACCGUGACCGUGCGACCUGUUUCACAGGCCGGUCAGUCUCCAGCAGGCCGCCAGGCUCAAUCUGGCUCUGGGGACGAAGAUGAAGACGAGGGUUGGGCGGAUAUGAUGAAGAAACGUGAUAAGAAGAAGAGUAGCUGGAAGAUGAAGCGGGCUACUUCUUCCUUUGGCGAUUUGUUGGGUGCCGUGCACUGA